GCUGCCUUCAUCGCUUCUGCGGGAUUUACCUUUCCGUUUCAAGAGUUUUUUGGUUUUCUUUGCCAACGGUUCGUGUGUCCGUCGGAAGUCCGAACAAAAUUGGCAGUGUCACUGAAACUCGGAGUCUCCUGCCUGCCUUCCCAAGAUGUUGCCUGAUCGCCCCAGAGGUCGGCUUCAACUGUAGCCGCUUCGUCGCCUUCCAAUCGGUUGGGUGUCACCAUGGCGGGCGGUGUAGCGGCCUGGCUACCAUUCGCCCGGGCCGCUGCUAUAGGAUGGAUGCCAGUCGCAAAUUGCCCCAUGCCCCUCGCCCCGGGCGAAAAGAACAAGAAACAGGACGAGCUCCUGGUCCUCAACGUGAGCGGCCGGCGUUUCCAAACGUGGAAGAACACCUUGGAGCGCUUCCCGGACACGCUCCUGGGCAGCACCGAGAAAGACUUCUUUUUCCACGAAGAAAGCAAUGAGUAUUUCUUUGACCGGGACCCCGACAUCUUCAGGAACGUGUUGAAUUUUUACAGGACGGGCAAGCUGCACUACCCGCGACACGAGUGCAUCUCCGCCUACGACGAGGAGCUGGCUUUCUUCGGCAUCAUCCCGGAGAUAGUGGGCGAUUGCUGCUACGAAGAGUACAAGGACAGGAAGAGGGAGAACGCGGAGAGGCUGAUGGAUGAUAGCGACACGGAAAACAAGGCGGAGGGCAACCUCCCGUCCCGCACCUACCGCCAGACUAUGUGGAGAGCCUUUGAGAACCCGCACACCAGCACGUUGGCCUUAGUGUUUUACUAUGUCACUGGGUUCUUCAUCGCGGUGUCGGUCAUCACCAACGUGGUGGAGACGGUGCCUUGCGGGAUGGGCCCGAGUGAAGUCAAAGACCUGCCGUGCGGCGAGCAAUACGGGGUAGCCUUCUUCUGUCUGGACACGGCGUGUGUGAUGAUCUUCACCGUCGAGUACCUCCUCCGGCUCUUCGCGGCCCCCAGCCGCUACCGCUUCAUGAGGAGCGUGAUGAGCAUCAUCGACGUCGUGGCCAUCAUGCCUUACUACAUCGGCCUGGUCAUGACCAACAACGAGGACGUGAGCGGAGCCUUCGUCACCCUCCGUGUCUUUCGAGUCUUCCGGAUUUUCAAGUUCUCUCGCCAUUCCCAAGGCCUGAGGAUCCUCGGGUACACCCUGAAGAGUUGCGCCUCCGAACUGGGAUUCCUUCUAUUUUCACUCACCAUGGCCAUCAUUAUCUUUGCCACCGUGAUGUUCUACGCCGAGAAAGGGUCGACGCACAGCAAGUUUACAAGCAUCCCCGCCUCUUUCUGGUACACGAUCGUCACCAUGACAACUCUCGGCUAUGGCGAUAUGGUACCGAAGACGAUCGCUGGGAAGAUCUUUGGCUCGAUCUGCUCCUUGAGUGGAGUGCUGGUGAUUGCCCUUCCCGUCCCGGUUAUUGUUUCCAACUUCAGCCGGAUCUACCACCAGAACCAACGGGCGGACAAGCGGCGAGCACAGAAGAAAGCCAGGCUUGCGAGGAUAAAGAUAGCGAAAACUGGAAACGCCAAUGCCUAUCUGCAGAUCAAACUCAACGGAAUGAUGAAUGAGCACUCGGAACUCACAGAAUCGGGUGAGAAGGAACAGCAGCAGUGCCCUAACAGACCAGGCUCAGCCAUAGCCAGACAACAUCACCACCUGCUGCACUGCCUGGAGCGGACAACGGGAUUGUCGUACCUGCUAGAUGAUCCUCAUUUAUCUGUCCGGACAUCAACUUCCACCAAGAACCACGAGUUCCUCGAUGAGCCGGCCUUCGAGCAGAACUGCCUGGAGGGCUCGAUGCAGAACUGCCCGUCCACCCACAGCCCGUCGCUCUCCUCCGGCUCGGGGACGGCCAGCACCUGCUGCUCCCGCCGCAGCAACAAGAAGUCCAGCCACCUGCCCAACUCCAGCAUGUCGGCUUCCAACCUGAGAAGCAUGCAGGAGCUCAGCACCAUUCACAUCCAGUGCGGAGAACAGAUAUCCUUCAACACCAGUCGUUCCAGCCUGAAUGACAAGUCGGAGGAGGGAAUGAGAAUCAACUGCAAGAGCUCGCAGAUCACCACGGCGAUAAUCAGCAUCCCCACGCCUCCCGGCAUGAGGGGCGAGGGGGACGUUCGACCUCCCGUCCCCAACCAGUCCAGCAGUAGCAUGAACACCGCCAGCUGCAAUAUUGUCAAAGUAUCCGCCUUGUAGAACAGGAAGCUGCCCCUCGCUCUCGGUCACCUGACAUCCUCAAGAUCACAUGACACUGACGACCACAUGGCAAAGGGUCAAAGGAGAAGCAGAGGAAGAGUCCAAGCCCGGCGAUCACGGAGGCACGGGUGACCUGACGCUGCCGCCGCCGCCACCGCCGCGUAUUUUUGCAUCUCGGAGCACGGCACCGUUCCAGUCCAAUGUUUAUUUCCCCGUUCUCUUUCUUUUGCGUGAGGGGAAAACGUCAGGGGUGGUGGGGGGGGGGGGAGGGGGAGAGAGGAUCUCCCCGACUCAAGAGGAACCGAGGCUCGAGCGACUCAACGCGGGAGAGCAGGAGGAAAGACAAGAUUCCCCCGUUCCCGCGUCGCUUCAUUUUUAAGCACCUACUUUAGGUGGCGUCGAAGAUGGAUAAUAUUUAUUCACAAAACUGCGAACCUGACGAAACGAAAUGGCAGGCCCGCUGUGUACAGGGAGUCAGGGAUCCAGGGAUCUUUUUUUUGUUUCAUGUGCGGAAAAGCAACAAACGAAAAGAACUGCGUCUCGCGAAAAGAAGCGAAUUCAGGGCUUCAGAUGCCGGAGACGGACAAUAGACAAUCUAUAGGUGCGGGAGUAGGCCAUUCGGCCCUUCAAGCCAGCACCGCCAUUCAAUGUGAUCGUGGCUGAUCAUCGCGGUGGCCAGCUACCUUUUUUGACACGUUUCUAGCGAGAGUGCACUCGGAAUAGAUGACCGCUUUUAACUGUUGGCGUGGAAGAGUUCACCGGCUGUGGUCUUUAGUAUCAAUAGGAGCUUUCAUUUCUGCUGUGAUAUCCCCCCCCCCCCCCACACCUCCCCGUGACAUUUCAGUGUGUGUUGCUCUGGUAAAGCAACGUCGCGUGAAAAUGGUGUUUGUCGGUUCAGUAUAGUCUAUGUGCAUAGUUUGAGGAGAAUACAGUAUCCAGCCAAUUGUUGAAUUCCACGCACUCAUUCCUUCUCUUUCUCGGUUUCAUCCCAAACCCCCACCCCCGCCCCCCCACUCACUUGCGUAGCGUGACUUUAUUAGCACUAGUUAAGAAAAAAAUAACAUUUAUGUAUUUUGCAACAAAAACAAACUUGUGUGAAGUGAAGAUAAUGGGAACUUGCCUUUGUGCUGAGAAUGUGUCGCCGUCUCCUUUUUCCCGAACUGUGAACUUCAGACUUGAGGUCAAUGAGACCCUCGGUCGGUACGGUGGAAUGUUUUGGCUCCACAUAGCUUCGCAGCGGAGGGGUCGGAUCAUAAGUGCUCGGAGCAGAAUCGGUCAUUCACGUCUAUUUCCACCGCUCAAUCAUGGCUGAUCUAUCUUUCCCUCUUCACCCCUUCUCCCCGUAACCCCUGACACCCGUAC